GUGAUUCACAGCAAAGUACGUGAGGUGAAGGAGCGCACCGCUCGAGGUCAAAGGAAAACAUGAGCUUUAAUUCUCUCUCUGAGGAGCAGUUCACUUGCUCCAUCUGUCUGGAGAUAUUUGUGGAGCCCGUCUCCACACCAUGCGGCCACAGCUUUUGCAAGGCCUGUCUACAGGGCUAUUGGAACCACAGCAAGAAGUUCCUGUGCCCAAUGUGCAAAAAGAGCUACUCUAGAAAGCCUGAGAUGAGCGUCAACAGGGUCCUGGCUGAAAUAUCCUCCCAGUUUCAGGGGCUAGUGGUGGCUAAAAGCACCGCCUCUCACGGAUCCAGAUGGAAUUUGAGCUCAGAUACGGGCGAGAGCAGCUCGCCAGUGAAGGAUACCGGAGAGUUUGCCCAGCCUGGGGAUGUUUCUUGUGAUGCUUGUAUUGGAAGGAAGUUAAAGGCGCUGAAAUCUUGUGUGAACUGCCCUGGUUCUUUCUGCGAGUCCCACCUCAGGCAUCAUAAGAAGGUAAGGGCCAUGAUGUCUCAUCGUCUGAUUGAACCAACUUUCCACCUGGAAGACAAAAUUUGUAAGAAACACGAACGUCUCCUGGAUGUGUACUGCCGGACCGACCACAUGUGCAUCUGCUCUGCCUGUGCCGAUGCCACACACAAAUCCCAUGAGAUUGUCUCCAUUGACCAUGAAUUUAAGAAGAAGAUGGGUAACAUGGGAAAGAAGAGAUCAGAGCUGAAACAUUUGAUCAAGGAGAGAGCCAAGAAACUUGACGAGAUCAAACAGUCCAUCAAGGUCAUAAAGGCCAGUGCUCAGAAGGAGUUGGAGGAAAGCUGGCAGGUGUACGCAGAGCUGCAGCGUCUGGUGGAGCAGAGUCAGGCGGAGCUGGUUGAGCUGAUAGCCACGAGGCAACGUGAGGCAGAGCGUCACGCCCAGGAAAUGGCCAGGGGUUUGGAGAAUGAACUCAGCCAACUGAGGAGGAGGAGCAAUGAGCUAGAAGUCCAUGCACAGACGCACGACAAAGUGCUUUUCCUUCAGAACCUGACAUCACUGUCACCCCUACCCGAGCCCACUGAUUGGUCAGCGGUCAGCAUCAAUACUGACCUUUAUCUGGGAACCAUCCGGUCUUCGGUCAGCAGCCUCAUUGAUAAGUUCCAGGAUGAGCUUAAAAGAAUAUAUGGGAAAGAGCUCCGGAAGGUGCAGAACUACGCAUCUGAGGUGAUUCUGGACCCUGCCACAGCCCAGAGGAACCUGACUGUGACUGAUGAUGGUCAGCAGGUGAGGUAUGAAGAGCGCAAAUCCACUCACUGUGAGGGUCCAAAGCGCUUCAGCCCGGCCCUCUUUGUCUUGGGCCGGGAGGGGAUCAGCACGGGGCGACACUACUGGGAGGUGGACGUAUCGCGAAAGACGGCCUGGACGCUCGGCGUGGCCCGCGCUUCUGCCCGACGCAAGGGUGAGAUCAAGCUGAGUCCCGAGGGUGGGUACUGGUGCCUGUGGCUGAAGAACGGGGAGGUGAAAGUGCUGGCGUCGCCCCGCUUGCCUCUAGUGCUGCCUUCCCAACCCAGUAAAGUAGGAAUCUUUCUGGAUUACGAAGGAGGCCAGAUUUCUUUCUAUGAUGUGAAGGCUCGUCUGCAUAUCUACAGUUUUAUCGAUAGCUUCAGUGAGAACCUGUACCCGAUCUUCAGCCCCUGUCUCGCCCAGGAGGGGAAGAAUAAUGCCCCACUCAUCAUAACCCAUGUUAAACACAGCUGAGGGUAUAGUCAGUCGGCAUUAGGUUAUGCAUUCUCUUUAUAUAUAAAACAUCUUUUUUAUACACACCACCAUCACUUUCUCAGCACAAUACUGGCUAUUUUCUGAGGUAAAUUCUUUAUUGACUGAUACAUGUAUUAUAAUGGUACAUUUACAAUUUAUUUAAAUGUAGGCAGUUUUUUCUUUGCACUAUCAUCUGUUAACUCAAACUUGGAUUACAGUAAAGAAGAAAUAUGUAGUGAUGUGAAAACAUGUGAAGGACAAUAAAUCAUUCUUUUUUUGCUUCUUACUUGAUGAUAGAUGAGUUUGACUAAAGCUGGCACUUUCCCUACUCUGUAAGUCUUUGUGUAACUGCAACUCUAAGGCUCAGAGAGCCAAGUAAUGAAGUUAAGAGAUGCAAACUUCGUUUCUAGUGAUUUAGACUUUGCCUGGGGAAUCGAAUCAAGGUUUCUUGUACUUGUACCUACCUAUUGUAAUUAAGACUGUAUCCUAUGGACAUUAUUGUAAAAACUAAUAUAGACACAUUAAGUGGGGAUAGCAUGGGGGGACCAGUGCAAUCAUUUUACAGCUUUAGUUACUGUAACUAUUUUUCACAUCAAAAGUAAUAUAAAACACAGUUAUCUACU